GCAAAUGAAAAAAAUGAACGUGGAAGAAAGCAAGUAUGGAACAAAACAACACAUAUGUUUCCUUUCCUAACUUUUUACGCAUCCAAUACCAUCCUCACUCUCCUAUUAAUACCCCUUCAUCACCUCUUUUCAUUCCCCAAUUCAAUUCCUAAUCCUACCUACUCAUUUCUUCUUCACUUACAAUUCUACAUCUUUCCCAUGGGCGAUGCUAUGGAAUUGGAGCCCAAAUCUUCUAAUUCCCAUUUUUCUUCUUCCACCAACCUCCACCUUUGUUCCCAGAUUUUCCUCAGAGCUUUGGUAAUUUCCUCCACAUUGGCUGCCACCUUGCUCAUCAUCUCCGCCAAGCAGUCCGUCCUCAUUUUAGGCAUCCCUUUUGACGCCCGAUACACCUACUCCUCUGCUUUCGUUUUCUUUGCUUUGGCUAACGCUAUUUCAUGUGCCUUCUCUUUUCUGUCCGCCUGCCUUGUUUUCAUAUCGAUUCCCCGAUUGGCCUCGGGGAAUAAUAACCACGGAACCAGGAACAGGAAUUACUACAUCUUCUUUCUCCAUGACUUGUUGAUGAUGGGAUUGCUGCUCGCCGGAUGCUCUGCUGCCACCGCCAUCGGCUGCGUCGGCAAGUACGGCAACGACCACACAGGCUGGUCUCCCAUCUGUGACCAUUUUCCCAAGUUUUGUGACCGCGUUACCGCUUCCCUUGCCAUCUCUUAUUUUUCCGUCCUUUGCCUUCUCAUACUCACCAUCCUCUCUGCAAAUCCACCACUAACAUCAUGCUAAAUUUCAUCAAAUAUUAAAUUAAUCUAGUCCUCUACCUCCCCUACUUUAAUUUGCCUAAUCAUGCAAACACAGGGUCUGUAAAUUCUGAUCAGAAAAAUUAGGAAUUUGUGUUAUUAAUUAAUUAAUAGCUUUACUGAUGAGGUGUGCAUUUUCCCUCUUCUUUGUCCUUUACCUUAGUCUGUUGCAACCGCAUUACUGACCUUUUUGGCUUUUUUUUCCGUCUACUAAAUUUGUUUUUCUACCUUCAUUUCUCUUUUACAAGGUAAGUAAUAGGUAUAUAUUAUGAC